GUAUGUCAGAAGUUUUUAAAGUACGUACAGUAUGAGCACCAUACAACUCGGUUUCAAAGCGGAAGACCUGAUUAAGGCCAAUCGUACCACCGAAGAAGACAUUGCGGCGAUUCGCGGCUGGCAAAAGUCCAUACGCCGUCCUAAGCUGACGGACGAGCAGAUCGGCCUCUUCCUGGUCUCCUGCAGGAACGACCGCGAGUACACCAAGAAGACGAUCGAAACCUAUUUCGAGGUUAAAUUGGGCCACCAAGAGAUCUUCGGCGAUCGUAACAUAGAUAACAGCGAUCUGAAGAGGAUGUGCGAAGUUUUGAGUGUAGGUGUGCUGCCGAAAAGGUAUGAAGGUUCGGCGAUUCUGUUCGUCUGCUUGCGAGACACGAACUACAGGAAUUACGACAUGAGGCUCUACGCCCAACUGGUGACGAUGACCCUGGAGGCCAGCUUGUUCCACGAUCCUCCCGAGACCGUUACGACUGUUUUCGAUAGUAAACGCUACAGCUUCAUGCACUUGGUGAAGCUCCGACUGGGUGUCAUCAAGGCUCUUACAACCUUUUACCAGCACGCCAUGCCCUUGCAGUUGGGCAGAACCUGCGUCCUCAAUGCGAACUUCAUCGCCGAAGCUGGACUGAACCUGUUCAAACCUUUCCUGAACUCGGAAGUCUUGGACAAGGUAGAGAUGUACAGAGCCGGUGCCAGUUUCGAUGAGUUCCACAAGUGAAUUCCAAAGGAGUACCUUCCGAAGGAGUUCGGUGGUGAUUUGGAGUCAGUGCGCUUCUAUCACGAGAAGAAUAUUAGAAAUUUGCGUAAAUUGAAGCCUUACUUUGAAGCACUUCAGCGACAGAUGUACAGCACGGCACCUCGACCAAUCUGAUCAGCUAAUCCAACAAAAUUCGUGACAGGAGCGCAGAAAGACGAGAACUUAUUUUC